GAUGGCGUCCCGUCCUUUGAUUAACGCAGAAGGAAUGAGCGCCCGAUCUAACUUAGCCUCCCUGACUCUGAAGGUGCCUUUAUCCCGUUCUGAGGAAUACCUGACACGGAUUAGCACAGAACUCACCAAUGAGGCCUUGUUUAUUGCUGGCUACAACAUGAGCCCUGAACCCCUCAACCAAAAACAGACACAAGACCAAGAGACCCAGAUCUCCAGACAAGGUGACCCUCACUAUGUGACCAUUGGUUCUGGGAUGUUCCUCUACCCCUGCUUCCUGAUCUCUCCCUGCCCACCAAUGACCUUUCUAGGAAUCUGCUAAGUUAAUUUCCUGGGAUCCUUCUCAAGCAGCUACAUGGUCCCCCCUAACCCAACAGCCACCUUUUCAA